AUGGAGAGUAAUGUUUUGUUUGCAGACAAGGAGAGUCUCAUCACUGUCCUUUUCCCAUACUACGACUAUGCUGAUUCCUGCGUAUCAACUCUAAGACUGCUGUCAAGAAAAACAAAAGAGGCUUAUGAUAAUAACAGUGCUGCUUAUCAUAGGAUUUUCAAGAAGAGAACACUGAAGCUCCACUAUCCUAAAUUUGAGAGAAUCCAGACUGCACUUGAGACCAACUCUAGGUGGGCACAAUACAAGCUUGACUUCCAGUUGAAAUUCCCCGAUGAUUAUGGAAUCUUUGAGCAGUUCUUGAGAGACCAUCCAACUGUUGAAUUCAGACAUCUUCAUCUGGUAAUAUCUGAUGAUUCCUUGGAGGCAGCCAACAAACUUAUUGAUGCUAUGAGGGAAAUCGGCAUGCUUGGACCAAACUGUGACGAGUCUUACAAGUGGUUGGACUCCUCCAACUACUGUAGAGCUGCUAACAUGAAGACCAAGCUCAGAUUUGAGACCGAAUUAAUCAUUGGAGCUGAACCAUCUGCCUUUAUUGAUAAGGUUGAAGAAAUCGGGCUCUUGGAUGUAAGAAAUGUAUCCAGAUGUCCAGUCGAAGAGAUUGACGUUCCAGUCUACAGCAUCACCGUUGACGGUGAGUUCUGCACCUCCCUGGAAGGAGGCGAUAGAGAGAUCAAGGAGUCCUUCUCAGGGUCUGUCAGGAAAGCCAUCUUCGAGGAUGAAGCCAAGAAGGUUGCCGAAAAUCUUGACCAACAUGUCGAGAAUCUGAAGAAAGGAUACCCUAAUUGAAAUAAUAUCGAGCUCUACCUCAAUGGAGAAGAACUAAAGGCCGAAGAAGUUUCAGGAAUGUUUACCCAUCCUGAGGUAACUAAGGUAGAGUACGAAGGACUUGAAGAAGAAGAAACCGUCAGAAUUGAGUCUAAUGAUAUUUUAUUUGCAGUUGGAGAUGGAUCUUCCCUUACAGUCUUGAAGGCAGAGGAAUUCAGCGUUGAGUUCUUCCAAGAUAACUACAACACUCAGGGAGAGUAUGUUGUGAUCAACCCUAAAUCCUCAAACAUUCUCAUUCAGGGAAUUACCAGAGAUGUAAAUGGAAGACUUUAUGAUGAUGCAGGUGCUUUGACUUAUGAUGCCAAGCAUAUUAUUGUCCAUCAAUCUCAAGUGCAUCAUCUUGAGUUCAAGUCAGUUCCAACCACUGAGCCAGAAGUAUUCCCAAAUAGGAAGCUGACCUUGUACAUCAACGAGCAGGAAGGAUAUGACGGCCUCAUCUCUUACGUUGAGAAGAUACCAGGAGCCGUUCCAGUAGUUAUUGACUUAGAUAUGGCAUUUAUAGACAAUAUGGACGCCUCAAAAGCUAUUAUGAAUGCUGUUUUUGCAAAGAACCUAACUACACUCAACAUUGUGAUGGAAAUGCAUGAACCAGAAUUCAUUGACCACCUUUAUGAACUAGCUAGGAAUAGCAAGACCUUGAGGGAGUGUACCCCAAUCCUACACCAGGAUUGUAAGAAGGUAGUAGACUUCAUCAACCUCUCCCCACAAGUCGAGCAAUUUGUUUUGGAUAUGAGGGUUCCAAUCGAGGAAGAUCAACCAAUUAUUAAAGAAAUGCUCGGACUUGAAAAGAACAACAGACUGGUUCUUAAGGAUGUCCACGAGUGGUGUAUUGAGUACAGAUAUCCAACAUCCUUUGAGAGGACACCAAUAGUAUAAUUGCUAAGAAACAUCAACCAUUUAUUUCAUUUGUUUAAGC